AUCGAUAUAGUUCAGUGCAGUGCUGUCAAAUAGUGUCGAGGCAAAAAUAAUAAAAACUCCGACGUUUAUGUUUGUGAAGUAGUAUCAUAUUUACAUUUGAAAAUGUCAGUGCAUUAUAAAUUUAAAAGUACACUCAAUUUCGAUACAAUUACGUUCGAUGGACUUCAUAUUUCUGUGGGCGAUCUGAAAAGGGAAAUUGUGCAGCAGAAGAGGUUGGGUAAAAUUAUAGACUUUGAUCUUCAAAUAACGAAUGCGCAGACUAAAGAAGAAUACAAGGAUGAUGGAGUCCUUAUUCCAAAAAACACCACUCUAAUCAUUUCACGAAUACCCUUGGCCCAUCCAACGAAGAAGGGCUGGGAGCCACCAGCCGAAAAUGCGGCCCCUGUUCCCUCCUCCAAUAAGCAGGAGAGCUUCAAUAUCGAUCUCUCCAAAAUGCAAGGCACUGAAGAGGACAAAAUCCAUGCAAUGAUGAUGCAGAGUACUGUGGACUAUGAUCCAAAGACGUAUCAUCGGAUUAAGGGGCAAUCUCAAGUGGGCGAAGUUCCCGCCUCGUAUCGUUGCAACAAGUGUAAGAAAACUGGUCACUGGAUCAAGAAUUGCCCUUAUACAGCGGGGAAAGAUCAGUUUGAAGUGAAACGAAAUACUGGCAUACCGCGCUCCUUCAGGGACAAAACGGACACGGCAACAGAGGAAGAGGCAGCCAUGUUUGUAAUGCCAGCGGAACAGAGUCAGGAAAUUCCCGAAGAUCUAAUCUGCGGCAUUUGCCGGGACAUUUUUGUUGAUGCAGUCAUGAUACCCUGCUGCGGUAGUUCCUUCUGCGACGACUGCGUGCGCAAUUCGUUGCUGGAGUCCGAGGAAAGCGAAUGUCCAGACUGCAAGGAGAAGAACUGUUCACCGGGAUCCUUGAUACCAAAUCGUUUCCUCAGAAAUUCUGUGAAUGCUUUCAAGAACGAAACUGGAUAUACAAUGCGUGCCGCAAAAUCGGUUGCAGUUAAAAAAGUGGAGAAACCCAUUGAGGAGAAGCCGCCAGGUAGUGAGGAAAAACCCAUCGAAGAGAAGCCAAAAAUUGAAGAGAAACCCCUUGUGGAGAAUCCUGUGGCGGAGAAGGAGCCCGAGGAAGUAGCUAGCAAAGAAAAGACUCUAAAGCAGGAAGAGCCAGAGACAAAUGGCAAGAAGCAUCCCCCCAAGGUGCCAUCUCCGGAACCAGCUGAGGCCAAAGCAACAGCCACAGCCACAGAUAGUAAUGCUGAUCAGUCACAAAAGGAAAAGGAAAAAGAAAAAGAAAAGGACAAAUAUGAUUCAGAUUAUGAAGAUAACAUAACUAUUACGAUGCCUCAAACACUGUCCGAUUCAGCUUCGAUUGUCUCCAGCAAGUUGUCCCCAACGUUUCCAAGGAAGCCUCCUGCUCAUCACGUAUCCCACAGACGUGAACAUAAAAUGGAUUACAUGUCCGAGUCCGAUAUGAAGCGACGUCCACCAACGCAAUCGCAAUCGGAUUCUGGGAAGCCCCACAAUGAACGAGAACGGGGCGAGCGGAGCCUUCUGCCCACGCCCAUCUCGACACAUCAAAGCUACCAGGGUCACCAUGUGGUGAACGAGUCGGAUGAAGUGCAUCGCGGGAAUGUGUACAAGCCGCCGUAUAUGCAAAUGCCUCGGGGUCCUCCCCCAUUGCAUAUGAUGGGCCACCAUAUACCGCCGCCGUACAGCAAUGGAUACAAUAAUAUGGGACAGCGGCCGCCCUUAAGCUUUGUGCCGUACCAGAACCAGCCUGUGCAUCCCAUUCGGGCGCAGUAUGGACCCUCAGGCGGAAAUAUGAACAUGAACAUGUCCCAACAGUUUCAGUCUCCAAAUUUAGCCUCUAUAUAUCAGGGCGUGGCAGCAAAGGUGGGCUCCGGCCUUAUCGACGACCCUCUGGAGGCUUUUAAUCGCAUUAUGAAGGAGAAGGAGAGACAGAAAUCAGAGAGAUUCCGGAGCAUAGAUCACCACAGGUCCAGGUCCCCGGAUAGGCAAAGGUCGCAUCGCUUCAAGUCCCCCGUAUACGAAAAGGAGUCACUGCGUGACCUAAAUCUGAAGGAUAAGCGGCCUAGGUCGCGGGAAAGAAAGCGCGAAUACAGCUACGAGCGACACACGCGACACAAUCGACCCAGUCGUCAGCCCUGCGAUGGAUCAAAGUCGCCAAUUAACAAAAUUAAAAGAUCUGCGCCUCGUCGUUCCAUAUCCCCUAAGCCGUCUUAUAAAUCAGACUUCAGGGAUAAGUCAUAUGCCAAGCCCAGUGCUCCAAAACUUGACCCAAUUGAACCGCCUCCGCCAGGGUUUGAGGGCAUGCAACUGUUUGAUGAUGCGGCAGCUUAUAAAACGAAGCACCACCUGGGCGGCAGUGGUGGGCAUUCCAAGAGAAGUGUCGCUGAGGAUGAGGUGCCACGCAAGCGACAAAGGUCGCGCAGCAGAAGUAAGGAACCGCAUCAAAAACUGAUCGACACUAGCUUCAGAAGCCUGACCCCUCCCCCAGCGAAAGUGGCCGUUACCGCCGCCAGGCAACCGACUGUUGGCCCCAGCUACGACCACGGCGAAAGGUCUCCCAAGACGCCAGAAAGAGGACAGGAGGAGUAUAGUAUGCAGCCGAUACAGCGAGUGAUACAGAAUGCAGCCGAAGAGGCGACUGCUGGCAAUCUUUUAGAUAGCAUGGGGAAUAUAGGGAAGGAGAACAAGAGCAAGAGCCCUGUGCCGUUGAAGGAGCGCAAGAAGAAGAAGAAGGACAAGACCGAACGUAAAAAGAACAAGAAAGACAAGAAGGGCAAGAAGGAAAAGGAGAAGCAUGAAAGAGCCAAGAAGAGCUCGUCCAUAAAUCGCUCCGAUUCGGAUAUCAACCACAUGCAAAUCGAGCAGACCUGUAAGAUAACCCCGCCCUUACGGGCUAUGGCCGAGAGCUAUGACAAAUAUGAAUCUGCGUCAAACUCUCCAGCCCAGAGCAGGAGCCAUGAAGUUGUGAAACCCAUUAAGGCUCUGUUUGCCGUUGAGGCUCCCCACAAGCAUAGUUUCGGUGACGAGAGUGUCGGUGUCUCCGCCAGAAGUGCCAAGCGAAGUGAUGCGACGGCGGUCAAUGCGGUCAACCUGUCCAAGUGGGAGCUGGAGGAGAACAGCUUGUCCUGCAAUUUCGAUGAUCCCUUUAAGAGGUCAGGCUCUGCUAAUUCGGGAGGGGAGCACAGUGAGAUCACCUCGGACGUUAUACGCAAGGCAGAAAACGCGAUUUUUGCCAAAGCCAUAAACGCCAUCAGACCUGUCGAAUUUCAAGUUGUAAUAAACUCCAAGGGCAACAGCAAGGACCGCUCUGUAUCCAUUCGAAAUGAUAAUAAAGACCGCUCGCUCUCGCCGAAGCAGCGCCCCAGCAGCAAGUCGGUGAAGGAGCGGCUGGGCAACAAGGUAGUGCGUGAGAGAAGUCGCUCAGAGGACAAAUCAAGAGGAGGCAAAAGGCGGGAGAUUUUAGCUAAAGUUGCAGCUGAUGAUGAUGGCUACAGAGGCAGAGCGGACGCCCGCAGUGGGUCCCGAAGAAGGGACAAGCAAUCGAGGGAUAGGGAUAGAGCCAUAUCCACAGAGAAAAGACACUCGCAACAGGUAUACAAGAGAACACUCCCCGAGAGCGAUAGACAAAGGCGGCCAUACAAAGACGCCAAGCACGAUAAGUUCGAUCAGAUCAAUAUCCACGAUUCGGAUCGAAGAGGAGUCAGAAAUGUCAAGUCCGGCGAAGGCCGUAUUGUAUCGUCUGUGUCUGUGGCAGCCAUGCCACCGAAGCCAUGCCGCCCAGAUAAUCCGUUUAGACGAGCCGGUGACAGCAGUUCGUCGAAUAAUUUAGUCUUAAAAUAUGAUAAUACGAUACAGAAUGACGUUUCGCAUCCAGCAAGCAGCCGCUCUGCCCCAGAGAGCAGCUUUGAACAAAGGAAACAAAAGGAUAAAAAACUUAAGAAACAUGCAAAAUAUUCGUCAACCGAUUCAUUGAAGAGCGAGAAGCGCAAGGAGCUGAAGAGCAAACGGAAGAGCAAGAUAAUGAAAAAGAAGAAAAAGUCGAAGAAGUAGUAGAGUUUAGUUUAGUCUAAGCUAAGCUGCAACAAUUAUAAAUACUAAUGUAAUUCAUUCUAAUGAUUUCUGUGUACAAAUCAAAGAUUUUUAAAUGUAUGUAUUUAUCAUGCAGACUCUAGCAUACAAAUAAAAACAAAUACACACCCACA